AUGCUCGAGACCGUGAAGUACCUGCUCGGAUCGGCCGGCGCGAGCGGCUAUGGCUCAAGGAGCACAGCCGAGCAAGUCACCGAGAGCUCUCCCGAUCUGCGCCACAUCACCGCCAUCAUCACAGGUGCUACUUCAGGGAUCGGCGCCGAGACGGCUCGUGUUUUAGCUAAGCGCGGGGCCAGGCUGGUCCUCCCUGCUCGGAGCCUCAAAGCGGCCGAGGACGCCAAGGCUCGGAUCGUCUCGGAGUUUCCCGACUCGGAGAUCAUCAUCAUGGCGCUUGAUCUUAGCUCUCUCACUUCUGUCAGGAACUUCGUCUCCGAGUUCGAGUCCCUUCAGCUGCCUCUUAAUCUGCUCAUAAACAACGCCGGAAAGUUCGCGCACGAGCACGCGAUUUCCGAAGACGGAAUCGAAAUGACCUUUGCGACUAAUUAUCUAGGUCAUUUUCUGUUGACGAAGCUGCUGCUCAACAAAAUGAUCGGAACGGCGGAGGCUACUGGCGUUCAAGGCCGAAUCGUGAACGUCUCGUCGGCGGUUCACGGCUGGUUUUCAGGCGAUGCCAUCCGAUAUCUCGGCGAGAUAAGCCGAAGUGGAAGCGAUUACGACGAGACACGUGCGUAUGCGCUCUCGAAGCUGGCCAACGUCUUGCACACCAAGGAACUCGCUCGCAGACUCAAGGAAAUGGACGCCAACGUGACCGUUAACUGUGUCCAUCCAGGAAUCGUUAGGACCCGCCUCACCCGAGAACGUGAAGGCCUUGCCACAGAUUUGGCGUUCCUCAUGGCUUCCAAGCUAUUGAAAACAAUACCCCAGGCUGCGGCGACGACAUGUUAUGCCGCGACACACCCAAGGCUGGCGGACGUGUCCGGGAAGUACUUCGCGGACUGCAACGAAACCUCGCCGUCGAAAUUGGGGUCUAACCUAAGCGAAGCUGCUCGGUUAUGGUCGGCCUCUGAAAUCAUGGUGUCCAAAUCCUCCAAUGCGAUUUUUGAUCCGAGCAGCCAAUUGGAGUACUAA